AUGGCUGCCGCACAGCCCAGAUCGAUCCUCAAGAAGCGCCCUCGCGCAGCCGUCGACCCGGUCGUCGAGGAGCAGCCCGUCGCGCCCGGCCAACAGCCCUCGGACGCGCCCGUCCGCGUCCCCACGAGCGAGGGCGAGGACGACGACAACGAGGACGAGGACAGCGCAGAUGAUGCGGACACCGAGGAGGACUUCUCGGCCGGCAGCGACGACGAGACAGAGGGCGAGGGCGACGACGAGGACGACGAGGAGGCCAUCCGCGGCAUGAUGGACGACGACCAAGACCGGCCAGCCAAGAAGCUCAAGCACACGACCCUCCGCCCGGCGACCGCGACCGACUUCUCGACCUCGCUCCAGCACCUCCUGUCUCUGCCCCAGACCGCGUCCAACCCGGUCCCGAAGCACGCCCCUCCCUCGGCGGCGACGCUCCGCCUCGAGCGCCGCGCGCGCUCCGUCCUCCGCGACACCAAGGCGCAGCACCUCGCGCGCGGCCACGUCCGCGACGUCAUCGGCGGGUGGGGACCGCGCCCGCCGCUCCCGUUCUCGCAGUGGGACAGCGCGAGCGCGCGCCAGUUCGAGGCGGCCAAGCGCGGCGGCAAGCUCGAGGCCGAGGACAACGAGACGGGCGCCGAGCGCGAGAAGCGCCUGCGGAAACUCGCCCAGCGCGGUGUCGUGCGCCUGUUCAACGCGAUUGGCGCGGCGCAGGGCACGGUCGGCAAGGACAAGGACGUCGAGGAGCAGGAGAAGCGCAAGAAGCUCGCCGUCAAGGUCGGCGUCAAGGAGGGCGCCACCGGGCCGGCGACCAACCCGACGGGCGGGCUCAGCCGCAGGCCAAACGUUCUCGGCGCUCGCGGCAAGAACGAUGCUCUGACGAGUCUGUCCAAGGCGUCUUUCCUCGACCUCAUUCGUGCGGGUACCGGCGCGUAGCUUGUUGCAGUUCUAGCGCGGUGCGAGAGACUC